AUGGCGCAGCCCGCUAAGCUUUCCCGUGAGGAGAAUGUGUACAUGGCUAAGCUUGCAGAGCAGGCUGAGAGGUACGAAGAGAUGGUCGAGUUCAUGGAGAAGGUGGCCAAGACAGUUGACUCCGAGGAGCUCACCGUCGAGGAGCGCAACCUUCUGUCAGUUGCUUACAAGAAUGUUAUUGGUGCCCGCCGUGCCUCGUGGCGCAUCAUUUCCUCCAUCGAGCAGAAGGAAGAGAGCCGUGGCAACGAGGACCGUGUCACACUCAUCAAGGACUACCGUGGAAAGAUUGAGGUUGAGCUCACUAAGAUCUGUGAUGGUAUCCUCAAGCUUCUUGAUUCCCACCUUGUCCCCUCAUCCACCGCUCCAGAGUCCAAGGUCUUCUACCUGAAGAUGAAGGGUGAUUACUAUAGGUACCUUGCAGAGUUCAAGAGUGGAACUGAGAGGAAGGAUGCUGCUGAGAACACCAUGGUGGCAUACAAAGCUGCUCAGGAGAUUGCACUGAAAGAGCUGCCCCCGACUCAUCCUAUUAGGCUUGGGCUGGCACUCAACUUCUCGGUGUUCUAUUAUGAGAUCCUCAACUCUCCAGACCGUGCUUGUGACCUCGCCAAGCAGGCUUUUGAUGAGGCUAUCUCAGAACUGGACUCUCUGAGCGAGGAGUCGUACAAGGACAGCACUUUGAUCAUGCAGCUUCUGCGUGAUAACCUGACGCUGUGGACUUCGGACAUCUCGGAGGACGCUGCUGAAGAAAUGAAGGAUGCUCCAAUUUGUGUUGUGAUAGGGAAGCUUGUAGCUGCCUUGCUUGCUCGGCGGCCUGAUUAUCGGGCUGCACUGGUUAUUGCCUCUUGUUGA